AUGGUAGUAGAGCGAGAUUCCAUGGACGUGUCGCUUGGGCGACGCAUCGGCAAUGGUACGUUUGAGCCGAGCGAGCGCCUAGACGAUGAAGUGACCGUCACCAUGGAAGAAGUAGUAGAAACUGCACCUGAGGUGGCCAUUUCGCCAAGCCUCGAGGACACACUCUCCGAGAAAUCCGCCGUCUUUUACGAUGCCAAGUCCAGCAUGGGAGAGAUCGCUGCAACUGGAACUGGUAGCACUGUAGGAACGUCCUCCUCACAGAUCAGGCUUCCGCCCAACCCACCGCGACGACGACCCAGUGAUGCUGGCUGUAUUCCUUUGAAGAACUAUUCUCUAGAAAUCAUCGAUGGCGUGCCUCCUGGUGGAGUAGAGGGCAAGUAUGACGUGAGGCGAUCUGGAGAUAAUUCUGGACACUACAACAAAGCCAGUACCAAAGAACCAGUCAAUGUGGUUGCUGUCGAGGAAAAGGAACCUCAUAUUGAUUUUUUGAAAGAUGAUCCAGCUGACAUGACAAAUGGACGACGGAUUGCCUUGUGGAUGAUGAAGCGAUUCGCUUGGUACAAUCCCAACUUGAACAACGACGUCGACAGAUCUGGUGCAGAUUUCGUUUUGGAUGAAGGCCAUUACCGCACUCAAGACGGAUAUCCCAUCAAAUUCACAAAGGAAGAAACUCCAUCCCUGGAAAAGGCUUGGGCUUACUUUGACCAUGUAGCACUGCCUCGGUACCUGUUUGAAGAAAAGGAAAAUCAGGAACAGAAGGGAAUGUUCACUCGCAUCAUUCGAAAAUUCAGCAAAGCCAACAAACAAUUGCAACGAGCCGAGCCAGGAGAAGACGAUUUGCCGACCCGCCUUUACAGUCCCAUCUUUACUCCACACAAACAGUUGGGGGAUUUUGGGCUUGGAAUUGGAUUGUACUUUAGUACCGUGCGAGCUCUCACGUUUGUGGUGCUGAUCGCUGGUUUCAUUCAUUUGCCCAAUAUCUUGUACUUUGCCUCGGAAGACUACAGCAACGGACAAGCAACGGUGGACAGUCUGCUGAAAGGGUCCGCCGUUUGUACCCACAACCAAUGGGUCGCCUGCCCGACCUGUACAGAUGACAAGUUCAGCGAAGACUCCUUUCUCUUUUCCCCAGAGCUAAAUGCUACAUUUGCGCUCAAGAAUCUAUGUGAAGGGGCGACUCUCGAAACUGGCAGCACCAACUACGCCUGUUUGAUGUUCAUUGUUCUAGCAUCCCUUGUACUCAGCCGAUACCUCUCAAAUAUGGAAGUCCAAUUCGAUGAAGACGAACAGACAGCACAGGAUUAUUCGAUCGUGAUAGACAACCCCCCAGGGGAUGCCACUGACCCGAAAGAAUGGCAGGAAUACUUCAAACGAGCAUUUGAUGCACACGUCACAGGAUGUACCGUGGCCGUCGACAAUGAUCUUCUCGUACAAACCCUGGUGGAACGAAGAGAGAAAAUGAGAAUCUUGGAGCUCAUGGUGGAGCCCGGAACCAGUUUGGACAUUGUGACACUGGCGGGUAUUGCAGCGUCCGUGGAACGGAGUCGAACUUUCUUCCAAAACAUGCUUGCCAUCGUAGCGCCAGGAAUUCCAGAAAUCUUUUCGCGCUUGGCUGUUUUGACCGCAAAAGUACAGGGUCUUGCACAACAAGAUUAUCCUGUGACUAAUGUGUUUAUCACAUUUGAGACAGAGGCUGGCCAACGAAGGGUUCUCGAAAAACUCACAGUGGGCCAAGCUGCAAUCGACGGAAAUCGCACAUCAUCUGUUGGAGAUGCCAAGUACCUCUUCAGAGGAUUCCGAGUUUUGUCUGUUCAGGAACCGGAAGAACCAGACUCGAUCCGGUGGGAAGAUCUGAAUGUAACGCUAAAAGAUCGCGUCAAACAACAAUCCUUUACGGCUCUCGCCACUGUCGCUGCUCUUGCUUUGGUAGCGUUCCUGGUAUCUCUCGUCAAUGAAUGGUCUACUGCAGGGACCUCGAUUGCGAUUGCCGUAGCCAACUCAGUGUUCCCAAUAUUUGCAAAGGCGCUAACUUACAGCGAGGCACAUCCAAGCCAUGGAUCACUUCAAACGAGUUUAUACUUCAAAAUCGCUGUCUUUCGCUGGGUGACUACAGCCAUUAUCAUUGCUCUGAUUACUCCCUUCGAGGAUACCCUACUCUUCGCCACGAAUCAAGGGCUGAUUCAACAGAUCUAUGCCCAAUUUUUCGCCGAAAUCUUGACAGCAUCUGCGAUUCAGUUGACCGACCCUGUUGGCCACCUCCAACGGCACUUCCUUGCUCCCCGAGCGUCUACCCAAGAUGCAAUGAAUUUGAACAUGCAAGGCAGCAAGUUUGAGCUCGCCGAGAGGUACACCGCGGUUGCGAAACUGCUUUUCCUGACAUUCUGGUACUGCUCCCUUUUCCCCGGGUCUUUCUUUUUGUGUGCUUUUGCAUUGCAAGUCAUCUAUUACUUGGACAAGCUGAGUUUGACUCGAACCUGGAAGCGAGUCCCAAAGCUAGGAGCCACCAUCAGUCAAUUCAACCGAAACUACUUUCUCCCGCUCUCCAUUCUUGGCUUCCCUUUUGACAACUUGUGCGAAGACGAGGGCUCUCAGGUUCCCGAACUCCUCGUGGGUACUCACAGAGUACCACAGUAUGAACAGGAAACCUUGGCGAAUCUUAUUUCAAGCACCGUUCUAAGAGGUAUCAGGGAGAAUGUGACAAUAAAGAUCGAACCAAACGCUACCACCUACCGCUACUGCAACCAGAAUUUGAUUAGCGCUCAAGGCAUUUACUUUCCAUUCAUCCCAGAUUGGCAGAUGGAUGCAAUCGGCGAUGUGUGGAUGACGGAGGAGCAAGAACAAGUGACAUUGGUUUAUGGUUGGACAGCCUGUGGGUUUAUCAUUGCUUACUUUCUUCUCAUCAUCUACAACACGCUGGCGUGGUUUGCCGGGUACUUUUACGGUUCAUAUGAUCCUACAGGCGAUGACCAACAGCAGAACUUCUCAGACCUGGAAUCCGCCAAUAUCUAUAUUCCCCAGGUGGAGUCUCCAGUGUUUUCGUAUCCUCUACUGGCUUGCUGCGUUGACGACAUCGACGAGGAGAUGUUGGACUGGACAGACCCUGACCACCCGCACGCCUUCUAUGAUCUAACGAAGGACGCACAUGCACUAAUCAGGGGCACUGACGUCGCGGAUAAAGUUGUGUUUUCACAGGUUGCCCACUGGCCACCAGCCAAACCGAACUAG